GCAGUGGUUAGGAGAGUGAGAUAUCAUUGUUACACACCAAGACACACUCACCUCAAUAGUCGCUAUUGGAAAACGGCUUCCACGACAGAAGUCGGGAGGUCCAGGGGGAAAAUCGUGUGGCUGGGGGUACGGGUGGCGCCGGCGGUGCAGCGAGCUUUUGCUGGUACGCCUUGCCGGAACGGGAAAAUUUCGUGACGGAACAUGUGGCUUUGCAUACUUGUGGAGUAAUGACGGGGCGUUUUUGAGGUCCGCGAACCGAGCCAAAGUUGCAAGUGUCUCCCUACUUCCUCCCCUCCCUACUUUUGAGCUGGUAGCGGAAUGCCGGUGGCUUUGUCAUGCAUCCGAUUGUGAAUCUCGCCGCAUAUUUGCGCCUCAUUUGUGCCUUUCCAUAGUUCGAUACUCGAGUGUUGCGGGCCAGUCAUACCAAGGGUGUCUUAUCUAGCCCAGGGAAUUGUCCGAAUUUCCUCAUCAGGCUAUGCGGAGAUGGCCGACGGCGAAAGCGCAUACAUGACAAAUUUUGUGAGCAGCUUCCGCAAAUGGCGUUACUCGGAGCUCCACCUGAUUUUUGAGUCUGUAUAGUUUACAAUGUGCGUGUCUGAUUCGUUUGGUGAGAUAAAGUUUCUCCGUAGAGACGGGCUGCUGGAGCCUUUUCCCAAGUUAUCGAUCCAGACUUCUGCUGCUAGUCGAAAAUAAUGGUGGAAACGUGAAACGCAGCUGCAGUUGAGAAACAGUCGUUCUCUCCAAGCUAGUCCUUAGGCUCGCCAGGAGAGUACCGUUCUAUUACCUCUUCAGUUGUAACAAGCAAUGAGACCAGUAGCCCCAGCGAGCCCCUCAGGGGCGCGACUCAGAGGUAUAGGGGCCGAUGCUGGGCUGGACAACACAUCCUUAAGCCGUCGUAGUGGGUCUUCUUCGUUUUUUUUUUACGUUCCCUGCCGUGUCUCACAACAGCAUCGCUGCGGGGACGACGUACGUUUCAAAACCGGGGACAAACCUCCCCUGUGCGCGGCACGCCGCCCGGCGAGUUCCGCGCUUCUGCUGCUUCUCUCGGUAUGUUUUUGCUUAUGUUUGUUUACGGCAAUUCCCACCAACACACACUCAAAAGCUUCCGCGCAUGGCCCAUCAGACUCACCAGCAACGAAGCAGCCACAAGUGCAGCGCAAGCCUCAAAACACUUCUGCGUUCAAGCACCCCAUCGCGAAGCUCUACAACCGAACAAUGGCGGCAGCGUUGGCGGGGCCUGUUCCGGCUCUUCGACGAGUAGCCAGUAGCGGAAACCCAGUGGGGUCGUGGGGUAAACUGUUGUGCAACAGCCAUGUUGGGGAGGAGGAAGAAGUUUUCGUACUUUUCUUGGGUGCAGGAGAUGCACCUGCGGCGAAAGAUUCCGCCACUGUGAACCUACAAGAGAAUGCAGGUGGAAAUGUUGAGGGCGUUGUCAAUGAGAGGGAGCAGACGCAGACUCCGAGAACGGAGGGACGUGGAGAACGUGGGCCAGGGCGGCAUGCCAGACAACACCGAAGCGUGCAGGCUGCGAUUGAUACUGUGACCUUGCUGUACAUGCUGCAUUGCAAGUUGAUGAGAAUUGUGGAUCUGAGGGACCCCAGCAACAGUAUUCUGCUGCAACAUCUCCAACACAUAUACAGCAUGCGCGAUUGGGAGGAAAAGAAGAGACGCGAGGGAGCUCGAAGCGAAACGCAGGGUGCGGUGGAAGCAGUGACUGCGAAACUGACAGCUCCUGCAGCAUCUGACGAUGUUGCGGAGACUCUCAGCCAAGAAGAUGAUGCAGCCGAGCUGGCAAAGGAUGAUAUGGAAGGCGAACCGAUUUUAUCUGUCGUAAACCGCACCACAGGAACGGAGCGGCUUUUUUUUGGGUUCAGAGAGAUCCGGGACUUUCUUUUGACUCGCUUAGUGGUGAAAGCUCGACUGAUGGCACAAGAACAGCAACGUGAAUCUAUGCGCCGUGCUCAACUUGUGACAGUCCAAGCGGACCCAGCCGCGGCAACAAAGAAGGGUGAGCGUGUUGCGCACAGAGCGCAGGGCUGGAUACCAAAGGAGAUGCUGCCGGUGGGAAACCCCGUUUCGAAGCAUUGGUGGGAGCCUCUCGGCCUAAGCCUCGAUCUUUACACACCUGCAGCAAGCAGCAAAGAAUGUUCUGAACUGCAGCAAAUCAUGAACGUUCUCUCUGAGACAGGCUUUGUCGACGUUGUUAAGGUUCACAAGAGCGACCCGCCCAAGGCAGACGUUCCUCCGGUCCUCCGUAACGCGGGUCUUGGGGUGUUCCCUGCCUUGGGUAUUGGAAACCGGAUUAUCUUCGGAACAGAGGAAAUCGUGCGGUUCCUUCAUGCUCUGGGAUCUUUCAUCCCGACACCGGCGCGUCUUCGCCAGGCGCUGCAAGCCCUGCAACCGUCUCGUAACGACGGCGCUCCACCUUUCCUGCCUGCCGGCGAAGCCCCCAGUGUAUCUACAGAGGGGAAAGAUGCAGGUGACAAAGAUGCGGAUUUGUGGCCAGCCCCUCGCAGCAGCAAGACGGGCGAAAGUCUGGCUCUCCUUCUGCCCGUGGGACUCAGGGGCGCGACGCUUGCUUGCAACUCCGCCAACCUGGCUCCGUGCCAGAGGCUGUUGGACUGGCUUAGUGGUCUGGGGCUCUUUGAACAAGUCAGGAAACAUUUUGCCGUCACGCGACUACCCGCGCAGUCGGACAAAACGCAACUGAGGAAACAGUUGAACGAGCCUUUCUUGAUCACACGCGGCGUCGUUAUCGCGCGAGGGGCUGUCGAAAUUCAAGCCCGGAUCGCUGCUGCAUAUGUGGCGGCGGACUCCCAAAGUUGGACGUACACUCCGGUAGUUGCGCACGCAUUUCUUGCAAGGAGUCGUCCUGUGACAAAGGCAGCUGAGAAGAUUGUAGCGACCAUGAGAAACAAAGGCCUACACAGCCGUGUCCGCAUGGUGAUCCUUCCAAACCUACAGCCGCUUGUGGUGGGGCGCCGCACGUACCCAGUUCCUUUUGUACUCGUCCCCGGGAUCGCGCAGUUUGUUGGACUAAACGACGUGAAGACGUUUUUUGCUGCUUUGGGAUAUUUGGUGAAUUCUGCGGUAUGAAACAGCGGGGGACAAUGCGGGACAAGACCCGUUUCGUGGUAAAUUCUUUUGAACUCUCUGAUUGCAAGCAACAAGGAUAAGCAGUGAGGAAUCACCGGACUGAGGUUUCCGUUUCUGUUUGCGAAACAGCGUUUCAAGGAUGCGGAGGCCUCGAAAACAUAUCAAGCUCGCUGUAAAAGAGAACGAAGUGUUUGUCAACCGAGUUUAACUUUGGUGGUUGUGCACUGCAUAUUUCCUGAGACAGGCCAGAGGUAAAAACAGGCUGUACAUGAAGCAGUGCAACUAUGGGGAGCAUGUAAACAUUCAGUUCUGCGCGUCUGUGAUGACGUGAAUGCUAGGUGACAGGUCAAGGGGAUGUUGAAAAUACGUCUGUAUACAUAGCAUCCCAGUAAAAACGUUUUCCGAUUAUUUUUUGGGAAGGCACGUGCUGUUUGUGCCGCAAACCGUAUAAAGUGACUGAAAGAGGAGACUGGUAUGCUCUAAUGACAGCACAUGUUGUAUCUAAAUAUAUGAUUUUCUGAGGGUGGCAUAGUGGUACAGGGCGGCCCUAACCAUGUCCUCAAUGUAAGAUCUCGAUGUCCCUGGCGGCGCACGUGGGCCCGUCGUGCAUUCUGGCCCCAGGCGCAAUUGCAUUUACGAGAUUUACGUCUGUGGCUGCCCAUGUUGAGGAACUGAGAAGUUCCGCCUUCUGGAUGGUACAGCCAACCAUAGGAGAAGAUACUACUGUUAAAGGCUAGAUACGAGAGAGGCAGAUAGGCCUACGUACCUGAGCUAGCACGCCGGAGUAAUGAUGGAUGUGAGUUUCGCACGGAUACUGCCGGCGUUAAAGCAUAUUAACGUGAUGCCUCAAGUGUGAUGCAGAGGUGACUGGUGAGUGGAUGGUCCGAAGUUCGUUCAGUCGGUUGGUGCGGAACUGGGAAGAAAUGUAAUCACGAAGAGUGAUACAGUGAACAUGCAAUUUUUUAUGGCUGCUUGUGUACGCGAAUACCUUCGGACAUCAUGGUGUACUUCACCGUCAGUGGUGUUCUUGGUUCAGUUGAUGACUGCUAACCGUUUAAAGUCUGUCCGUUUGCUUACUCGCAGUAACAUUACAGGGACCAAAAACGCUUGACGGGAAACGUCAGCGAGUCUUGACCUGAGAGAGAAUGCUGAAAGACGAUGGUCAGGUUCCUUCUUCCGUCGGCAGUGAAUGAGUG